AUGCCGAAGUUCGUAAAGUUCUUAAAGGGUAUCUUAUCUAACAGGAGGCAGAAGGGCGUCUUCGAGACCGUAGCAUUAACAGAGAAUUGCAGUGCUCUCCUUAUGGCAAAUUCUCCACCAAAACUUCAGGAUCCAGGAAGUUUCUCCAUACCGUGCAAGAUUGGAUCUGAGCUGAUACCGAGAGCUUUCUGCGACUUGGGGGCUAGCGUUAGCCUAUUUCCGUACUCUAUAUGCAAGAAGCUGGGCCUUCAGAACAUUAAACUGACCACUAUGGCACUGCAACUAGCUGACCAUUCAUCUGGAGCCAUCAUCGAUGUAAAAAGUCACAAAUUAUCCUUGGAGAUCGGCAAAGAAAAGAUCGAGUUUGACUUAUCUGAUUCCUCCAUCAGCAACCCCUCUUCUCAGGACAAUUCUAGCAAGAUCAACAUACACAAAGUCGAGGAGUGCAGUGUCCAUGAGAGUUCCCCUCCAGCGAGCAACAAGAAGUACAUUUUUCCUGCACGAGCGAAACUGAAGGAUGUGCAGAGCCUCCACGAGCUGGCCAUGAGCAUUUCAUGGGUGUGGAGGCGUCAGAGGGAUCGAGAGAGCGAAAGGUGA